AAAAAAAAAAAAAAAAAAUGAGUUCAUUAGCAGGUCUUGUGAAUUAUUCUGAUGAAGAAGAUUCUUCCUCAAGUGAUGAGCAACCAGUUGCUCAAAUUGUUCAAGAUAAAAAACCAAUUAGAUUAAAAACAUCUACUAUUAAAGAAAAGCCAAUAGAAAAUUCAAAUAGUCAAACUAGUUCUUCUGUAUCAACAAUUAAGAAAGCAGUUAGUGUAUCAAACCCCCCGUUAUUACUAAAUCAAGAGGGAUCGAUCAUUGAAUAUAAUAAACGAUUAUUAGCUGUAUUAACACCAAAACCUGUUGAAGGUGUAGUUAACUGGGGAAUUCCAGAUGAGCCUAAUAUUCCUUGCGAUCCAGAACGAACUGAAAGAAUAGCCCACUUCUUAUCACUAAAAGCAUCGGGCCAUCACUUGAAUAAACAUUUACAACAUAAUAAAUCAUUUCGUAAUCCGCGUAUUUAUGCCAAAUUAGUUGAAUUCACAGGAGUCGAUGAAUUUGGUAGUAAUUUUGAUAAAACUCAAUUUGAUCCUCAUGGAUUUCCGAAAGAAAUGUAUAUAGAUGGAAUUCUAGAAACGCAAAGAAGGCUCGCUGAAGAGAAGGCAGCACAACAGCAAAAUCGAAAUUCAAUUAAUUUUGUUCCUCAACAACAAGAAUUAACACCACAACAAUCAAGUGCGAUGGCACAAGCGAUGGCAACAGCAGCUAAAAUAGCGAGUCGUAUUACAAAGCCUCCUACUAUAGAAAAUAAAACAUCUACUCCAUUAAGCAAUGAUGGUGAAAAACGAAAAAAGAAAUGGGAUGAUGAAUAUGGAAGUAGCUCAAAUAAAAGAAGAUAAACAGCAGCGGAGAUCAUCUCUGAUAUAUUAGUAUUUUUGAGUCAUCAAUAAUAUAUGUUAGCAUAUCGUUGCGUAUUUUUUUUUUUUUUUUUUCGUAUUCAUAAAAAUAAAAAA